AUAGGGGAGCGGAGGUGGCGGCGGUGGUAGCGGCUAUCUUGGUUGUUUUCCAGUCUCCUCAGCUCGCCCUCUAACCGGCACCGCUCCCCUUCCCUCCCCCUUCCUUUUCUCCUUCCUUCCCUCCCCUUCCCUUCUUCCCUUCCCCGUCGGUGACCGGCGGUGGCGGCUCCAGCAGCGGCUGGGCCCAAGCUGUGAAGAGGCCUUAGCCAACGAUAACGGAGACGGCGAAACCUCGGAGCUCACAGGGCGGGGGGAAGACCCGUGCCGUGGAGAUGGAGAAUUCUCAGUUGUGUAAGCUGUUCAUCGGUGGCCUCAACGUGCAGACGAGUGAGUCGGGCCUACGCGGCCACUUUGAGGCCUUCGGGACUCUAACGGACUGCGUGGUGGUGGUGAACCCCCAGACGAAGCGCUCCCGUUGCUUCGGCUUCGUAACCUACUCCAAUGUGGAGGAGGCCGAUGCCGCCAUGGCCGCCUCGCCCCACGCCGUGGACGGCAACACGGUGGAGCUGAAGCGGGCGGUGUCCCGGGAGGAUUCGGCGCGGCCUGGCGCCCACGCCAAGGUUAAGAAGCUCUUUGUCGGGGGCCUUAAGGGAGACGUGGCCGAGGGCGAUCUCAUCGAGCACUUCUCGCAGUUUGGCACCGUGGAAAAAGCUGAAAUUAUUGCCGACAAGCUGUCGGGCAAGAAGCGUGGUUUCGGCUUCGUGUAUUUUCAGAAUCACGACGCGGCAGACAAGGCCGCGGUGGUCAAGUUCCAUCCGAUCCAGGGCCAUCGCGUAGAGGUGAAGAAGGCCGUCCCUAAGGAAGAUAUCCAUUCUGGUGGGGGUGGAGGCGGCUCCCGGUCCUCCCGGGGCGGCCGCGGCGGCCGAGGUCGCGGCGGCGGUCGAGACCAAAACGGCCUGUCCAAGGGCGGCGGCGGUGGUUACAAUAGCUACGGUGGUUACGGCGGCGGCGGCGGCGGCGGCUACAAUGCCUACGGAGGUGGCGGAGGCGGUUCGUCCUACGGUGGAAGCGACUACGGUAACGGUUUCGGAGGCUUCGGCAGCUACAGCCAGCACCAGUCUUCCUAUGGGCCCAUGAAGAGCGGCGGCGGCGGCGGGGGAGGAGGCAGCAGCUGGGGCGGUCGCAGUAACAGUGGACCUUACAGAGGAGGCUAUGGCGGUGGUGGAGGCUAUGGAGGCAGUUCUUUCUAAAGAAAAAUUAAAAAUGCCUGGGAGUGGAUAUAGGGGUAGCUCUUUCAACAGCCUAACUGGGGUCAAUUCCUAAGUCCUUUUCCCUCUCCCACCGUCUUCCCCAUUUUACCCUUGGGGGAGCCGCUGAGGCUGCAUCCCCUUGGGGUGUUGGCCCUAUUUGCCUGCCACCUCUCUUGUCUCUAUCUGAAGAUGGACUCGGCCCCAUACACAUUUUUGUGUUACAGUCAUUGAUGGACUCUAUUUUUUUAUUAUUACUUGGACCUUGGUCGUUUUUAUACUAGCAAAAUGUCUUGUUUUAAUUUGUGUUUUUUCGGGGGGAGGGAGUGAACUUGCUGAUUCUGUAGCAAAACCUGGGCGGGGGUUGGGGUGGGGGGUAGUUUACUUUGUUUGUUGUAAGGACUUGAUACCUGGCUACAGCGUUUUCUAUGAAAUCUACUUGGAUCCCAUGCCUGAAAUUUGGAAGCAUAUGUACAAAAAUCAUUUUUACGUUUUAUUUUUAAUAAAUCAUUGUGUUUGACCGUACAAGUCUAACUUUUUUUUCUAGGAUCCAUUCCGUACCAUUUUAAGGAAUAUUAGUUGGAGAUUUUUCUUGUUAAUUCUUAACUCUUGAUGUGUACUUGGAGAAACUUUAAAGUCCUGUGGGUUUGUGUUUUUUUUCCUUUUCUCUUUCCUGUUCCCCUGCUAGUGACUGAAUUUUAUCCCUUACAGGCAAAACUUUUGAAGUGGUGGAUGUGGCUUUUUAAAAUCUUUCUAAGUUACUACUGUGCAUCCAUCUCUUGUACUAAGCGAUUUGCUUGUCGCCUUGACAUGGUUGGUCACUUACUUCUGUGAGAAUUUACUUCAAAGUAUGUACUGUGUAGUACUAAAAUAGUUUAUGUUAAGCAUGUGUUUUCAUUCAUAUAAAAUGUUUAAAAUUUUUCAGAUGGCCUAGUUUCAGUCCUCUUAUAGUUUGUCUGUAAUGAAUGGUUACAAAUAAGGGUUAUAUUUUACCCUCAAACUAAAAGGAUUUUUGUAUUUUUCAGAGCAGGUUUAAACGUUCCCCACCCCUACCCAUACCUGAAUUGUCCUCUUCAUGGAAAUCCUUCCCCCCACCUUUGUGGCACCAUCUACUGGCAGAAUGGCAGUAUAUCUGCAAAGCAAUUUGUUUAAAAACUUCUUAGGAUAAUUGCAUCAGAUUUGGAUGUUCUACCAUCAGAAGUCUGUGCAGACUUGGAAGCUACACAUUUACUUGUAAUUGAGAUGGGCUUCACAAAGAAUGUAGUUACCAGUCUGUAUCACAGUUGCCCUUUCUACAUGAGUUUUGAAAAUGUAAACUGCUAUGCAUAGCUUGGGCAAUAGCCCCAAAUUGCUAUGACAACAAAUGAACCAGCUACGUGUACUGGUAUCUUAGGUGCAAGUUGUAAAGCAAAAUAUCUGUAUUCUGCUUGGUUAACAAAUGUAUAUUUGUAGCCCUUUCAUGCAAUAGAAUUCAAGUUGUUUAUAAGAAAAGAAAGAAAAUGAUAUAGGAGAAAAUUGCCUUCCUGGAUAGAAAUAGAGAAUAGCAACAUUUAUGGAUAUUGCAAAUAAAGAAUUCAAUUCUUUACAUGAUUGAGUGAGACUAUGUAUAAUCUGGUGGGUGGGUUCAGAGUGCUUACUAAUCUAGUAUAUUUAAUUUGAUUUAAUGUUACAAUAGAUCUUGGAGUUGGAAGCCCAAGGCUAUAUUAAGAGGCCUGAAAAAGAAUUAUUGGGCUUAAAAGUAAAAGUAUUUUAAUA